AUGUAUACCUUCGCUGCCAUGAAUCUCACGAGCGGCGUAUACCGAGCAGGAGCGCGUUGGUUUUGAGAAGACGAGGUCAGACGGCAUCAUACAAGAAGGGGGGCUCAGAGAGUGAGAGAAAAGCGGCGAGGGUGGGGUGUUUGGGAUUUCUAGAGAGAGAGGAAUGGCUUCAGGAUGGGGCAUCACUGGGAACAAGGGCCGAUGCUACGAUUUCUGGACGGAUUUCAGCGAGUGCAUGUCUCGUUGCAGAGAACCCAAAGACUGCGCCCUCCUCAGAGAAGACUACCUUGAAUGCCUCCAUCACGGCAAAGAGUAUCAACGAAGUAAUGCUAUAUACAAAGAAGAACAGAGGCAGAUAAGAGCUGCUGCACGCAAGGCCAAAGAGGCAGGUAAUGGAGCCCAUGAGAGUUGAUCAUGAUUGUACUUAACACUAUUUCUUUUACUGAUAAGAAUGAAAACUGCAAUAAUAAAUCAUGAACUGUUUCAAUUUUGUGGGAAUUGUUUUGAGAUGUAAAUUAUCCUGAACUGUCAUGUUUUCGGAGCCCAUUAUUUACUUUUUUGGGAGUCUUUGUGUUCUAUGGCAUGGGAUAGAAUCUUGAAUUCUAUUGUUUUAUGGAUUUGGCUGUUGCACUCUUCA